GGCGGAGCCGCGGACAGCUGAGCCGCCUGCGAGGACCCGAAGCCAAGAUGGCGGCGCCCAUGCAGCAGGUACGCGGCCUGCUAGGGCUGGCGGCGACCCUGCGCCCCUGCUGGCGCGGCUACCGUGCGCCGCCACCUCCACGCCGAUCGCCAGGCCCCUGGUGGCCGGACCCCGAGAACCCGCUGACGCCACGCUGGCAGCUUGGUCCGCGCUAUGCAGCCAAGCAGUUCGCGCGGCACGGCGCCGCCUCCAAGGUGGCCCCGGGCUUGUUGUGGCCAACACCCGAGCAGCUGCGCGAACUGGAAGCGGAGGAGCGAGAAUGGCACCCGAGCCUGGCGACCAUGCAGGAGUCGCUGCGGGUGAAACAGCUGGCUAAGGAACAAAAGCAUCGAGAGAGGGAGCAGCUCAUUGCCGAGCGCAUGGCCAAGAUGCCGCAGAUGAUUGAGAACUGGCGGCAGCAGCAGCGCGAGCGCUGGGAGAAGGUGCAGGCCGACAAGGAGCGCAGGGCUCGCCUGCAGGCCGAGGCCCAGGAACGCCUGGGCUACCAUGUGGACCCACGGAGCACACGCUUCCAGGAGCUGCUGCAGGACCUGGAGAAGCAGCACCGCAAGCGCCUCAAGGAGGAAAAACAGAGGCAGAAGAAGGAGGCCCGGGCUGCUGCCAUGGCUGCCAGCACAGCCCAGGACCCAGCCCAGGACCCAGCCCAGGACCCAGCCCAGGACCCAGCCCCAGCCCCUGGGGCAGCCAGCUCCUGAGCUUUGUCCUUUCCCAAUAAAGCCUGCUGCCCUGCAGCCUCUCCCCACA